AGAAAAGCGUAGAGGACGACGAGGAAAUCAAGAUGUCUUUGCAGGCGACGUGCUCUCUUUUGUUCGGCCUUCUGCAUCUUACUCUGGCUCAGCGGCCUGUCUUUGAGCCUUUCGUGGAGCUCACCGAGGAAGUGCCGCGGACCCAGAAGGAAGAGCUGCACCCCCCUGCUCUGGACAACCCCCGGGUCAGCAGUCACGGUUUGGGCUUCGGCGGCGCCUGCACUCACGACGCCCAGUGUGCCGAUGGUCUCAUUUGCACAAGCCAAGUCCCUGUACGAGUCGUGCGUGAGCAACGCCGAAUGCAGCCGGGACAACCCGAACGUGCAGUGCGUCGACUUCCUCUGCUACUGCCCGCUGCCAUACGUGCUCACCGAGGACCGACGCUGCCUGGCACCUCCCGGAUACGGUCACGUGGCUGCUGUAGUGACGCCCGUCAUCAUGCUUUCCCUGACAGCGGUGCUGGGGAUCGCCUACCUCUACCACCGGGUGUACCGCGACAGCUGGGUCCCUGCCGAGCCGCACGUGGUGGUUGUACCGUCCACCGCCACCAUUCCGCAAUCGGGGACGACACCGACGCAGCCAAAGCCGCGUUACAUCCGGGGACUGCCCUUUGUUGCCAGCCCUCCUGCCUCGCCGCAGCCAACGCCGGAAGAGCGCCCAAGUGACGGCAGUGACCACACGGGCAGCCCUUCGUCGGGGGCCACACCAAAGAGAGCAGCGUCCCCGAGCCCGGCGUCUCCCCGGUACGCCAGCAGCGGCGACGCGCUUCAGAAGGGCUGCGUGACCGUCGCCGUGUGUAAGGGCAUCACCAUCCGUACGCUCGCGCCAGAACCACCGGGGCCAGUUUGAAGG